AUGACGUCCUUUCACGAGCCCGCACACGCUAUUGCAACGCCGCGGCCAACGCUACUAUUCGCCAUCGCGAGCGACAAUGUCGAUGAGGUGCGCCGCGUGCUGGAAAGCGGCGAGGUGGGGCCGAACGACGACGUUGGACCACAGUCCGCACUCGCAUUCGCACUCACCGCAGGGAACCUCGGGCAUCGUAAGGAUAUUGUCAAGCUUCUCCUUGCGCAUGGUGCAAACCCAGCCAGCCUCCGUGCGCAGCCUGGACAUAGCGCUCGCUCGUCAGUGGCGUCGUCCGCACAGGUGGCUGGUACGGAUGGCCUGGUGCGCCCCGACAUGUUAGAGAAUUUGGACCCUGCGACGAGAUAUUACAUUACUCGCGCUGACGCGCCCCAGACCCGUCGAGCGUCGUCCUUGAUCCACCGCUCAUUCUUCCGUCCGCUGACGCGGGUACGGUAUGACCUUAUCGGCCAAGAUCGCGCAUUGGAACAGCUGUUCAGGGUGCUGAGCAUGCCAACCAUGGCGCCCAUCGUUGUACUGCUCUGUGGACCUAGUGGACACGGGAAGAGUCUUCUCGCCAGGAGAUUCGGAUCGUUGCUGGAUGUCCCGACGCACACCGUGAACAUGACCACUCUACGGACCACUCGGGAUAUCUGGAAGAGCUACUCGAUGACUGAACAGAUUCAGGAACCGACUGAUCUGACGCUCGCCGAGUUCCUCAAGGAGAACGAAGGCCAACGCUGCGUCGUCGUUCUUGAUGAAAUUGAGAAGACUGAGAACGAGGUCAUCCUAUCAUCUCUUUUAAUGCCUUGGGAGCUGGGACGUGUUUCAUUCGAGGCUAGUCAGCGCCAUGUUGAUUGCUCGAAAGUGAUCUGGCUUGGGACCUCGAACAUCGGUCACAAUCUAGUCUUUGAGCAUCAGGCUACGAGACAUAGCCCGGAAGCCCAGAUGUCCCGCGAGGAAUACGUCGACCUCAUGAAAAUGCUCCGACCGAAGGUCUCGGAGCGGCUGGGACCCUCGCUUCUUUCACGAGUGACAACAGUCCUGCCGUUCGUUCCCUUCACCACGGACGAGAAGAUUGCGAUUGCAGCGGAAGCUCUGUUCUCACUCUCCGAGGACGCGGCGGAGUCGCUACCUGCGGCGACGGUGGAGAAGCUGGUGAAGGACUCAUUGCAGAGUUACGUACCUGCUGAAGGUGCACGGUCGCUAUACCGUGCUGUUUCGACACAACUUCUCGACACCCUCUAA